GUGCUGCGCUCAGUUUCGUUAAUUCCUACAGGCUACAUUGUCGGACGCCGUGUGCACUAUAAAACGCUACUAUCUACCUACAUGAUAAUAAUAAUAAUUAAUAACAACAACAAUAAUAAAAAUAAUAAUUGUACUGUUACCGAAUUUCUUUUAACAUUGUUUGGUUUCUUUUAAAAUUUAUUUAACAGUGCGAUUUUGUUUCGGGCCGCUCGCGUGUAACGAUACAAUAUGUGCGUUUUUGUGUAGGUGAAUUAAUAUAGAAAAAAUAAAAACAGUAACCCAGUAAAUCCGCUUUGCUUGGGGUUGGGGUACCUAUCGUUUGCUGUUUUUCCUGAACACCGACAGACCAUGACGACGAGAUUUGCUUGUUGCUGUGUAUUAUAAAACAAAAGCACCACCAGUUCCGUACACCUGCCGUUUCCUGGGGUCAACAGAAAUUUAAUGGAAUCUUUAUCAAAUGAACACGGAUUGCAAACCGUUGUCGUUAAAUGACUAGUUUGACAAUGAAUUUCACCGUUACCCAUGGCAAAAAUGAGAUAUGCUGAAAUGCCCAGAGAUGUAUCAAUUGACAAUUUUCCUUCGCUCAACGUUUCCGAGAAAGUGAAAUCAAAAGCACACGACGAUGACGACACGUACGAGUACUUGGUGUCCAAUACCGAGUACAGAAAACUGACAACUUACAAUUCCCUGAAGAAAUACCCGUCGAACCUGUCCACUCCACAGGUCGGCGAACAACGGCACAAACGGCGUCUGUCCGAAACAUUGACAUGUGGCUUGGCGAGACAAUGCAAAUCCCAUAGCCUUCCGUGCAACAUGACGUUGAAGCAUCCCUGCAGCGCUUCGCCGGUGGACGAGCAGGGCGUGGACCAGGCCAAAGGUGUACUGUCGCCCGGUAUACUGCCCGAAGACUGGGCCGGUCAGCUGACGCUGUUGGACUUGGCCAUCUUCAGUGAAAUUUCGCCGGAAGAGCUGUCGUCGUGCGCUUGGAAUAAGAAACAGAAACUGGAAGUGGCGCCCAACGUCGUCGCGUUUUCCCGGCAAUUCAAUCACGUAUCUUUUUGGGUCGUCCAAGAGAUACUGAAAGGUGCUACGCCCAAACUCCGAGCAGAUCUGAUCACGCAAUUUAUAAAAAUCUCAAAAAAGCUGUACGAUCUAAACAAUUUCCAUUCGUUGUUCGCGGUCAUCUCUUCUCUGCAGAGCGCCUCGGUGUACAGAUUGUCGAAAUCGUGGAACAACGUGUCCAAAAAAGACCGGCAGUCGUUCGACAAAUUGGCCAAUGUCUUUUCUGAGAGUAACAACUGGAGAAACCUUAGAGAUCAUCUGGAAACCUUGCGCCUCCCGUGUAUUCCUUAUUUAGGAGUGUUUUUGACUGAUUUGGUUUAUGUCGACAUGGCGCAUCCUCACAAAAACAGCGGACUAAUGGAGUCCGAUGCGAGACGGUUGAAAAUGAACAACAUUCUAAGAGUCAUAUCGCACAUGCAGCAAAGUCGCUACGAUCACUUGACUCGAUUUCCAAAAUUACUCGAUUAUCUCAAUUCCAUUAGGUAUAUCGAAGAACUACAUAAAUUUGUUCAAGACGACCAAUAUAAGUUGUCACUCAAGUUGGAACCAUUGUCUUCUCAGGCCAACAACUCCAGAGGAUCAAAAGAAUCGGUUAAUCAGGUGCUUUUGGACUCAUUGAGUUUGUCACCUGCAAAAUCGACAAAUUUGUUGCGAAUCAGAAAAAUAUCAUUGACCAAACAGCAACAUCAAAAAACCACUAACUGUUCAAAAUACCGCAGCGCAAGUCUGCCCCGUAGUUUCCUUAAAAAACCUGUGACUCAGUCUGCAAUCUGUAAUAAUAAUAGUGUGAUUCACAAAUCAGAUGAAGGGAUACUGACGACCGUUAACUCUAGAAAUUUGCUAGACGAUUCAGUAAUAGAAGAGAACUCAUUGUUAGACUUAUCCAAUUUGACCCUAUCGCCUUCACAAACCUUAAAAGGUACUCAUAAAAUAAGUCUGGAGAGCUGUUUGAGACGCAAAGUGGUGAUGAAAAACGGACGAAAACCGGCCGUGACGACUUGGCAGCGUUACUGGAUACAGCUUUGGGCGUCGGUGUUGAUUUAUUAUUCGCCAAAAUCUUUUAAAGGCUGUAGUAGGAAUGAUUUUAAACGAGAGCCGUGCAAGCUUUGUCCGUUGAAAGGGUGCACUGUUAGUUUGGGCGAUAAUCCCGAUACGUUUUUGAUCAAACACGCAGAUCAAAGAAAUACGUAUAAAUUUCGCGCUGAGAGUGAUAACACGGCACUACAGUGGUACAGGCGUUUGUAUCAUGCAGCCCAGUCUGUACAUCAAUCCAACACCAAACUACCUGAUAAUCUAAUAAGCUUUGACUGAUUAAUUUUAACUCCAAGUGUAAACUUUUUAUCAACUAAUAUAUAUAUUUAUAUGUGUAAAUCUAUAUAUGUAUGUAUAUAUAUAUAUAUAUUAUAUGAAUGUGUGUGUAUGUAUAUUCAUUUACUUACAACUACACAGCUUAAAAUUUAUAGUGUCCAUUACGUGACACUUAUUUCUAAGAAAUCGUGUUAAAGUGAUUUUUAUGACAUUACACCUAAAAUGAUAGGAUGAAAUAAUAAUAUUUUACUGAAAGUGAUAAUUGUUACCAAAGAUGGAUUUUUUUUUAAUUAGUAUAGAAAAUAGACUUAAUGCCAGAAAAUAUUGUAAAAACAGUUGCUUUAUAAACAAAAUUAUAUAUAUAUAUAUUUAUUAUUAUAUACAAUAAUAUAUUAUUAAUAAUUGGUAGUAAAAUAAUUUUAGGCGUAUAAUGUAAGACAUACAAUUUUGUGUCUUACCAUACCACUGUUUGUAUUUUUCUACGCUUAAAAACACCUUAUACGAGUCUUGCCAAAACAUAUUUAGGUUUAAAUUUUUACCCUUAUGUUUUCUAAUUAGAUUCUCAAAUAUAGU